AUGGAUGCUACUAAGGAGGAUGGGGCUGGCUCUGACGAGGGUGUUUCCAAUGAGACUGAGGACAUCGCUGUUAAGCUCCAGACUCAAAUCACAGAGCAGAAUAUCCUCAUUGGGGAGCAGCAGUGCCGCAUCCAGAACUUGGAGGCUGAUUCUGUGAAGCUUCAGGCCUUGAUUGAGCAGCUGACCAGGGAGGUGCAAUUGAUUCCUAAGGGAAACGACACCUCCAGCUUCAUUCAGGACCUGCAGACCACUCUCCAGUUCGUACAGGAUCAGCUCAAGAAGCAGGAGAAAAGCAUCUCUGUGCUUCAGACUCAGUACAGGGAGAUCCGGCGUGGCAACCUCUAUCAGUCUGCUCCUGCAGCAGAGCGAGUAGCCAAUGCCGCUAACAGCCAGGCUGCACCUGCUGCUGCAUCUCCUGUGGUUCCUCCUCCUACUGGAGCCCGUACUGAGCCUCCUACUGCAGCUGCAAAUGCCUUUGGCUCCUGCCCUUCGGCCCUGCCUCGUUUUGUCCAUGGCAAAACUGACGUUGAGACUUGGCUCUCCAUUGCGGAGGACUUUAUGUCCAUCCACAAUGUGCGUAGCGAGGCUCGCGUGGUCGCUGCGACCCUUGCCCUGGACGACACUGCGAGCAAGUUGGUGUAUGCCAACAAGCGCCACGCAGAGGCGAAUGGCCACCCUUUUGGCUGGGAGGAGUUCAAAGCGGCCAUGCUGACGGCGUUCUUGGUGCAGCCCCCGGCGCUCGAGGCGCGCAGGCGUGCAGGCGGGCAGGUGGCACGGCACGGCGCGCUGGCCGGCGAGCGGCGCGGCGGGUCUACGGGCGGGCGGCGCUGCGCGCUGGCGGGCGCGCUGGCGUUUGCGCUGGCGGGCGCGCUUGCGUGUGCGUUUGCAGGGCGCGCUGGCGUGCGCGCUGGCGGGGCGCGCUGGCGUGCGCGCUGGCGGGGCGCGCUGGCGGGGCGCACUGGCGUGCGCGCUGGCGGGACGCGCUGGCGUGCGCGCUUGCGUGACGCGCUGGCGUGCGCGUUGGCGGGGCGCGCUGGCGUGCGCGCUGGCGUGCGCGCUGGCGUGCGCGCUGGCGGGGCGCGCUGGCGUGCGCGCUGGCGGGGCGCGCUGGCGUGCGCGCUGGCGUGCGCGCUGGCGUGGCGCGCUGGCGGGCGGGCUGGCUAG